AUGCCUCUGGACCUGGAUGAGGAUGAAGAGGAGGAUGACGAGGAGUUUUUGAGGAGCUAUUUCAAGGGCCUUAUGGGCAAGGGUGUUCAGUGUGCACAUUAUGAGCACCAGUGGUUAGAAAAAAGCCAGCUUUCCCAGGCCCUGAAUGGCUUGUCAGACAGAGCCAAGGAAGCGAAGGAGUUCCUGGUCCAGCUCCGCAACAUGGUGCAGCAAAUCCAGGAGAACAGCGUGGAGUUUGAGGCUUGCCUUGUGGCCCAGUGUGAUGCCCUCAUCGAUGCCCUCAACAGAAGGAAAGCCCAACUGCUGUCCCGCGUCAACAAGGAGCACGAGCACAAGCUGAAGGUGGUGCGAGACCAGAUUUCUCACUGCACGGUCAAGCUCCGCCAGACCACAGGCUUGAUGGAGUACUGCCUGGAGGUGAUCAAGGAGAAUGACCCCAGCGGGUUCCUUCAGAUCUCCGAUGCUCUGAUCAGGAGAGUGCACUUAACCGAGGACCAGUGGGGGAAGGGUACGCUCACACCCCGGAUGACCACGGACUUCGACUUAAACCUUGACAACGCGCCUCUGCUGCAGUCCAUCCAUCAACUCGACUUUGUGCAGAUGAAAGUGCCGGCACCCCCAAUCCUGCAGCUAGAAGAGUGUUGCACCCACAACAACAGUGCCACCUUGUCCUGGAAGCAGCCCCCAUUGUCAACGGUGCAGGUGGAAGGCUAUAUCCUGGAGCUUGAUGACGGGAACGGCGGCCAGUUCAGGGAGGUGUACGUGGGCAAGGAGACCAUGUGCACGGUGGACGGGCUUCACUUCAACAGCACCUAUAGCGCACGUGUCAAAGCCUUCAACAAAACAGGAGUCAGCCCAUACAGCAAGACCUUGGUCCUCCAGACAUCUGAGGACACGCAGUCAGAAGAACAGACCCUCCCUUUUCCAGUGCCUUUGGAAAGAUUGCAGCUUCGUAGAAUGAGUCCUUUCUCCUCCACCCUUAAUCUACAACCCAGCUUUCCGGGGAGAUCCUACUUUGAGCUAAGAUCUUCGGCCCACCAGCUGAGCUUGCAUUCUUCUUUACAGUCCCUGAAUUCAGCCGGAUGCAAUUUUGACACGCAAGCAACGCCUUACUCUCAAUUAGUUGACAUUAAAAAAAUGGUGGCAGUUGCUUGGUUUUCUUUCGAUCCUGCCUCUGCACAUGCUGACAUCAUCUUUUCUAAUGACAACCUGACUGUCACCUGCAACAGCUAUGAUGACAGGGUUGUGCUGGGCAAAACGGGCUUUUCCAAAGGGCUCCAUUAUUGGGAGUUGUCGAUCGAUCGUUACGAUAACCACCCUGACCCAGCCUUUGGCGUGGCACGCAUUGAUGUCCUGAAGGAUGCCAUGCUGGGCAAGGAUGACAAGGCCUGGGCCAUGUACGUGGACAAUAACCGGAGCUGGUUCAUGCACAACAAUUCCCACACCAACAGAACCGAGGGUGGGAUAACGAAAGGUGCCACGGUGGGAGUGCUCCUCGAUUUGACCAGGAGGACCUUGACGUUCUGCAUCAAUGAGGACCAGCAAGGGCCUGUCGCGUUUGAGAACCUGGAGGGCCUCUUCUUCCCAGCUGUCAGCCUGAACAGGAAUGUGCAGGUGACGCUGCACACCGGUUUGCCCGUCCCCGAAUUCUACACUUCCAGAUCGGCCAUGCAGUAAGGACGCUCGUGGGGCCGGCCGCCUCUUCGCAGGAUGAGCUAAGCCAGCCCGUUUCCUCCUUCAGGAAGAGGCCUGCUGAUGAGCUGGAAGAUCUUUGCUCAGCUGGUAACUGGAGACCAGGGGAAACAAAAAGGGAAAGAAGAAACUGGCUUUUGGCAGUCUUUGUUCUCCACCCUCCAGCACCUCCAGCGCUGUCCUAUGUGUGUAUGCUUUGCUGUUUAGCUCUUUUGGCUGAUGAAGUACCUAGGUAGCCUGAGAUAUUACUCUGUGUCUGCUUUUAGGUUUAGUUUUAUUUAUUUGAUUUGGGGUUUUUUAGGGGGGAGGUGGGGGCAGUUUUGUUUCGUUUCAAAGAGAGCUUUUAGUUCCCUCGCCACAUUGUGGUUAGCCGCGUGCCCUGCCGCCGCUGCAGCUGGAAACGGGCUGACCACCGCAGAGCGAGACUCCUACCAGGCGGAGGAAGGGUCUGUACCGAGAAACCGCGGAGGGAUGUGGGGAGGGACCCCUGCGACAGGAACGCUUUUGCCCAUGCCAGUCACAUUACUUUGCAGGCUCUUUCUUUCCCUGUGGCCUUUCUUGCAGAGCACCCUCAGUCACGUUUGUAGACGUUGGUCUUGGAUUACCAGUGAGUCUCCAGAGCCCGGUGGGACGCACCACUGCCGAGCUGGUCACACCGGCUCAGGCGUACAGCGCCCGUCUGCAUUUUUCCCACGCACCCACCCCUGCCCACACACUCCCGUACAGCCGUCGGGUGAUUUUGCCAAGCCGUGGUUAGACUGCCCGUAGUUAAGCUUGAGAUCGGUCGGAGGCGAGAGUUGCAUUUCGGCUGUGAUUAUCGCUGGGUUCCCGCAGAAUCGUGGGUCAUUGACCGAAAUGCCUGGGUCUGCCGCUGGUCAUCGCCGAGGUGUUGCUGUGCAGCUCGCUCGGCCGACCAGGGAGUUGGCCCGUCCCCAGCUGCUCCCAGUCCCGACAUCCUCCGACCCUGAAACACGCGCUCGGCACCUGCUCCGCGGCUCUCCCCCGGCUCCCUGCGAACCAGUGCCAGCAAACAACGCCACAGCCAUAUGCCGGAGAGCCCUCGCUCGGCUCUCUGGAGAUUAGCGUUUAUUUUUUUAUAGUUGCCGUAUAAAAACCUAGCCUUAAAUACUACCUGAUAGUGUCCUUUCUUUCACAGGAGAAUUCAUUGUGCAGCCAGGGUCUGACCGGGAGCCCGGGGACGGGGACGGGGACGGGGAGGGAGCAGAGCUGGCCACAGCCCUGCCGCUCACUCAGGAAUACCUGCUCCUUGCCAUGCCUACCUGUGCCUGCUGUCACCAGCAGUUACCGUCAGUCUCCACUCAAACGCUGUCACUCUCUGGUAAUUCAGGCGAACGCUACACACAGAAAGGACAGGUCGUUAGCGCCGUGCCCAGCGCCAGAGCGUUGGCUUCUUGGUUCUGUAACGAGAGAGACAGACUGCACGCGCGUGCUCCUAGGCUUUUCUUACCGGUCAUGUAUCGUCUCUCUCUAGCUUAGCUCGCGGGGCUGGAGAAGGUGCCGGUUUGGUUGCCCGACGUUUGCCAGCGCGCCAAGCGAAGGAGCGGGUCGGAAAGCUGUCGUGAGUCGAGGUGGUGGAGGGGUGGGGGGGCCUAAAGGAACGGCAGUCCGGCAGAACGACAUGGUGUAAAUAGACGAUCAUUCCCUCUCGGCGUGCCCUCUGUUUAGAACGGUCUCGUUCGUUACCUAGUUGCUCUAGUAUUGAGUUUACCUAAUUUAUUGAAUGGGUGCUAUCUUGUUCAUGGACACCGAUCGGUUUCUCGGAGCUGCAGAAGAGCCGCGUUGCGGGACAACGCCGAGCAGCUCGUCGGUUAAUCCCGUGGGAGCCUCAGUGGCCGGGUCACUCUGGACUCAUUUCUCAGCCGUUAUUCCAGUUCUUGAUGAUGUUCAUGGUGCUUAUUAGACUCCUAGUGACUUGUAACAUGUAGUUCCCACUGUACUGCAAUGAUAGCUGCAUACAGCUGCUGUACUAAAGACAAGUGUCAUGUUUGCUGUUCUAAUAAAGGACUUUUAUGACAGAC